AUGUCACCAGGCACUGAGCCACCAUGGCACCUGCGGAAUUUGCGAUUCCCACUGUACAGCACGAAUUUGAUCGCCCGUGCACAUGCGCACGGACUCAUCUUUGGAUCUUUGGGCCACGCCAUGCCUGGGUCCAUCCUUGCGAACCACCACAUUCGCCACGCGAGCGAAGCAUACCUAUCCGUUCGAGACAACGCCGAGUCCACGGAGUACGGAUCCGUACGCCGCACAUGGCUUGGACCGGACAUUCGUUUCAUGGAGGACAAUGAGAAUUCCUCCGUGCGCCUGACGCCCACGCAGCAUACCUAUGUACAACCCGCCGUCAAACACGUCUACAAACCUGCAAACACGGUAUACGCCAUGGCCGCCCCACGAACCCUGCUCGGCCACCUCAUGCGAAUCUUGAGAUUCUUGACAAUCACAUACAUAAUUACAACAUCACAACUCUCCCCGACUAGGGGCAACCGCUCGCGUCGCUCUAUCCGCAUUGUUAUGGAGGGGUCUGUCUACAUAUCUCGUAUUCUCGUCUUCCAAGAGGCGAGUAGUACAACGGUACGACUCUUGGGAAUCAUCCUCCUGAGAGAGCAGGGGAAACAGCAGCUUCAUACAAAAAGCAGCGACUAGCCGUACGGUGCCGAGUUAUGCUGCUAGUUUUCUUUGCCGCCCCCUUCUGUCGGCUUCAUCCCAGAAGGCCGGGGCAUUAUUAGGCCGUACUGUAAAAGUACGCAGGGUCUGAACUUUCAAGCACGAAGGAUGUCGAGCGUUGCCCGCACGGGGCAGGGCCCCUUGUCCCGGCCUCUUCGAAGGACCUGGUUAGCACGCACCACGGACCUGAGCGCACGUCCUUCUUGUCCUCGAGCCCACCCCCUUUCCAAGCUCCUGGGACCCUGUUCAUCCACUAGACGCCAUGCGAUGGUCGAGGGUUCGAGCGCAGCUAGGAACUACUUUGUACGCAUCACCUACC